AUGUUACGGGCGUUAGCCUUAGACGAUAAGACACUCCGGCUCUGGGAUGCAACUACAGGCACAGAGCAGCGCGUGUUAAGGGGCCAUUUAGAUUGGUUACUCGCUAUUGCCUUCUUACCGGAUAGCAAGGGUAUAGUAUCAGCCUUAUAUGAUCAGACAAUCUGGCUCUGGGAUGUAAUCACAGGCAUAGAGAGGUGUGUCCUACAAUGCGGUUUAAAUCUCGUCAGUGUUGCGUUUUCACCUGAUAGCCGGCUUAUAGCGUCGGGAUUAUCUAAUGGCGCGGUGUGGCUCUGGGAUGCAACUACAGGCACCGAGUAUUGCGUAUUACGUGGCUAUUCAGACUAG